CAGUUUGUUAUAAAACAAGCUUUUCUCACCAUUAUGUUCAUAUAUAAAUGUGAUUUACCUAUUACAUCUUUCUUAGGCACUUGGCAAAGAAAAGCAUACUAGAAAAAAUAUAUAUUCUCCAAGAAAUGGCUAGAGGGGCAGGAAUUUUUCUAUGUCUCUUGAUUGUUAUCAUGGAUGCCACAGCUGGAAUUCUUGGCAUUGAGGCUGAAAUUGCACAAAACAAGGUUAAACACUUGAGAUUGUGGAUAUUUGAGUGUAGAGAACCAAGCCAUAAGGCCUUCAUGCUUGGGUUAGGUGCAGCAAUACUUUUGUCUCUAGCCCAUGUUAUAGCCAAUUUGCUAGGUGGUUGCAAUUGCCUUUGUUCUCAACAAGAGCUUCAAAAAUCUUCACCCAAUAGACAACUCUCAAUGGCUUGUCUCAUUUUAACAUGGAUUGUUUUGGCUGUUGGAUUGAGCAUGUUGGUAAUAGGGACUACAUCAAACAACAAAUCAAGGGGUUCUUGUGGUUUCACACACCAUCAUUUCCUAUCCAUUGGUGGGAUUUUGUGUUUUGUUCAUGGCUUAUUCUGUGUUGCUUAUUACGUUUCUGCCACUGGCUCUAUUAAUUAGCGAUUAAGGAAACACUUAAAAGUGGAGGCUACUUCUAUGCUUGCUUUUGUGCUUUUUAGGGGUUUGGCUUUACCAAAAUUUGUUGCUUUUACUUAUUAUGAAUAUGUCCAAGACAUUUACAUUACUUGUAACAUGUGGGGUAUAAAAUGAAAAUCCCACCAAUUUUAGGGUCUCCAUUUUUAAAUGAUCACCAAAUUAUCCUCCAUCCACUUACUUGUGUCAUGAAUAAUUAUCAAAAUUCUAGUUUAGGUUUUAUAUUUAUUUUAUCCUUUGUUUCAAAGCCAUUGGCCAAUGAAUAAUUUUCGGUUACCAUAUA